CCCAGCCGGGGAAAUGAAGAUGUGCACCGACCUCCAAGAGAGCCGCUUCCGGCCACCGCUCCAUGUUCUCUGCGAGAAGGAUGCUGCAGCAAGCUCUCAGAGGAUCCGGCCGCAGCGCCCUCCCCCUGGUCAAGUGGAUGGAGAGGUGGGUUGAGGGUGCAUCGGCUGCUCCGGAGGGGACCGAGGCAGUGAGGACUCUGGACAACAUGCCCGGACCGUCGGUCGCCAGCUUCGCCUGGGACUUGUUCGCCAAACGGGGGCUGUCACGGCUGCACGAGCUACAGCUGGAAGGAGUGCAGCGGUACGGGCCCAUGUGGAAGGCGAGCUUCGGUCCCAUACUGACGGUUCAUGUGGCCGAUCCAGCGCUCAUUGAGCAGGUACUAAGGCAGGAGGGCCAGCACCCCAUGCGCUCUGACCUUUCCUCCUGGAAGGACUACAGGAAGCUCAGAGGACAUCACUGUGGACUCCUGACGUCUGAGGGGGAGGAGUGGCAGUCGGUGAGAAGUCUCCUGGGGAAGCACAUGCUGCGACCGAAGGCAGUCGAAGCUUACGAUAAAACCCUGAACAGCGUGGUCGGUGACCUCAUCGCCAAACUUCGCCUCCGCAGACGUCCUCAAGGCCUCGUCACCGACAUCGCCAGCGAGUUUUAUCGCUUUGGCCUCGAGGGCAUUUCCUCCGUGUUGUUUGAAUCCAGAAUUGGUUGCCUGGAUCAGGUUGUUCCUGCAGAGACAGAGCGUUUCAUCCAGUCGAUCAACACCAUGUUUGUUAUGACGCUUCUUACCAUGGCCAUGCCAAGUUGGUUGCACCAGCUGUUUCCUAAACCUUGGAACGUCUUCUGUCAGUGCUGGGACUACAUGUUUGACUUUGCGAAAGGUCACAUUGACCAGCGUCUGACGGCCGAAGCAGAGAAGGUCGCCCGCGGAGAGAAGGUGGAGGGCCGUUAUCUCACCUACUUCCUGUCGCAGACCGGGCUGCCCAUGAAGACCGUCUACAGCAACGUCACGGAGCUGCUUCUUGCAGGAGUGGACACUAUCUCCAGCACUAUGUCCUGGUCAUUGUACGAGCUGUCCCGUCACCCUGGGGUGCAGGCGUCGCUCCGGGAUGAGGUGUUGAGUGUACUGGGGGGUCGAAGCAUACCGGUGGCAGCGGAUGUGGCCCGCAUGCCUCUCCUGAAGGCCACAGUCAAAGAAGUGCUUAGAUUGUACCCUGUUAUUCCUGCCAAUGCAAGAGUCAUUACAGAGAGGGACAUCCAGGUUGGAGGCUACCUCAUCCCUAAAAAUACUCUGAUUACCCUGUGCCACUUUGCAACAUCACGGGAUCCAGCAGUGUUUCCAAAUCCGGAAGAAUUCCAGCCCCAUCGAUGGUUGAACAAGGACCGGACUCAUCACCCGUAUGCCUCCGUACCCUUUGGUGUGGGAAAACGCAGCUGCAUAGGUCGUCGUAUCGCUGAGCUGGAGCUCUACCUUGCUCUUGCCAGGAUCCUCAUAGAGUUCGAUGUGAAGCCGGACCCAGAGGGGAUUUCCGUGAAGCCCAUGACACGGACGCUUUUAGUCCCUGAAAAUGUCAUUAGCCUCCAGUUUAUAGAACGAUGACCCUCUCUCCUGCGCUGAUCUGUUACGAGAACAUCAAGUCUCUCCUUAGUAGAGAGCACUAGCAGCUGGAGUUAUCCCAGGAACUGUGAGCCUGUUGCACGCAGUGCAUCGUGUUAGAGCGGACCUUCAACCUUCCGACGCAACAAAGGCCAAAGCCCUCCGUACCUGUCACCUGCUGUGCGGAGGCUGACAUGUAGAGAAGGACAAAUGAAUGAAGGAUGAGCAGUGACAGGUCAUCUCUGAGGCUUUCCACUGGGAGCGGUGUAACUCCAAAUUUAAUAGUGUUUUUUGUUUUAAAUAAAACCACCAUCAAGCACUUAUUUGCACAGAGGCCAAGAGCAAGCCAGUGAGCUCCUACAGUAUACGUUUCAACAGACUAUCUUCAGACUUUCAUUUUAUCCUUCAACUGAGUCAGACUGAGAUACACAGUGUGCUGUAAAUUAUUCAAGAGUAUUAGGAGAGUCUCAGAGUGCCACAUGGACACACUGUUUCUAAUAUCUCCAGCUCUUAUUGAGCUACUGUGAGAGUUUUGUGUAGAUACGAUGUUCAAUACAUCGAUCAAAGUGUAUUUUAUAAGGUGUUUAUGGUGAAAAACUUUUAGUGACGGCAGCUGUUGAAAUUAUUCCUGUGUAGGAUACAUGGUGCCACUGUUUAAAAUCCCAAACGUAGGCUCUGUAAAUCUGUCUGUAUUGUCUUUAAAAUGUAAAUACAUUGCCACAAAAACAGUGCAACACAAUGCAAGUUUAUGUGUUGUUUGUGUGCUUUUUUUUUUUUUUACAUCUAAACCUACUAUGAGUCAUAUACCACCAUUUUGUAAAUGUAAUCAGCUUCAGUACAUGAACUCUGUAUUUAUUCUAAUUUAACACAUUUUGAAACUGUUACUGUAAAUGUCAUUAAAAGAUUUCAAGUUGGA